UUUCUCAUAGUGCGGCUCAUUUAAUAACUCAUCCUAUUUGACAACUAAUUUUGUAAAUACCCUCAUCCUGAAAACUUCUUAUAGGAUUCUAUGAUCCUUUAAGCUGAAGGCAUUCUCCAUGUUACCAUCAAACACGAAGCACAUACUAACAAUAUAGAGACAGAAGGAAUAAAUUUCCAUCAUGUUUGCUGUUUUCACUCUAUUAAGUGUUAUAAUCAUAGCAAGUGCUUCAGAGCAGCAAUGUUCUAGAUUUCACUACGAAGAACAAACACUGUUGAAAAUGCUCAAACUUGAAAUGUUUGUACAGAAGAUGAAAGAGGAGCUGGAGUCUACACAACAGAAGGUGUUAGACAAGUUACAGGAUUAAACAGGGAUAAAACACAGUUCAAGCAGGAAAUAGAGGCUGAUAUGGGAAAUAUCAAGACUGAAUUCAAUGAAAUGAAGGAAAAGAAUGCAGCAGAUAUGACUCAAUAUGCUGAAGAAGUUGAAAAAAUCAGAGAGCCAGCUAUCUCUUCAUCUGUUAUAUUUCGAGCUAAAGAUGUUAAAGAUAUAACUCCUAGUUCUGGCGAUAUACUUGUCUUCAAAACAACCAGGCUGAAUGAAGAAAACGGCUAUGACAACUCUUCUGGUACAUUUACAGCACCGGUCAGUGGGACAUAUCUGUUUACAAUACAGCUCUGUGUUCCUAGUCGUACUACUCUUGGGUAUGAUAUAGUAGCAGGAAAUAAAGAAAUCCAGCAAGGUUAUUUCUAUGAUAAGAACAAUGACAGCUGCCACACAGCAAAUGGAAUCACUAUCCUUAGAGCAGGGGAACAAGUAUGGAUCAAAGUACUCUAUUCAUCAAAGCUACAGCAAGGUUUAAACCUCUGGAACAGCUUCAGUGGUGUGCUCAUACAGAGGUUUACAGAAUGAACAACAUUCCAUGAAUAUACAAGUACAGUGUGUCAACAAAACAGGAAUUAUUAUUUCAUGAAACUAUGCAGACAGUAGUAAUUUUACACAAACAGGUUAUCAGUUGUUGCAGAUGUACUUUUUUAUAUCAGUGUGUAUACGUUAUGUGUGUAAAAGUGUGGUUAUACAGGAUAGUUUUGCCAAACAUUGAACUUCAAGUUUACAUUAAUAUUUCAAUAGAAAAGGGUUUAAACUUGAUGUGCAUGUACUACUACAUUUUGCCAGAUACCCGAUGAAGUGUAACCUUCUGAACAAUAUUGUAAAUAGCCUACAGAAUUAUCAAUUGAAUUUCAACACAAUAAUUAAUUUAAAACUCAAACAACUGAAUGUUUUUACUAAGUACUUGAAACUGACUGUAU